ACACGUGGUCGGUCACGUGCUGUCCACAGGAGGAAGCAGGCUUUCUGCUAGCAGCGCUGUGAAAGGCUCAUCAGUACAGAGUUCUUAGGUUUGUAAAUGAGUGACCCUAAAUCCGAUUUCCACACACAUCUGUAGGUGAACAUGUCAGCCAGGAACCCAGGAACUGUCCUCGACCUGGAAGGGUUAUCCAAGGUGACAGUGAAUACACAGGCAGUACUGAAGAGGGCUCAGCACAUCCAAAGCCUGAAGGUCCCCAAGAGACAGUGGCAGACGGCCUGGCUGCUGAAGGCUGUUUCAUGUAUUGAUUUGACAACGUUGGCUGGAGAUGAUACACCAUCGAAUGUCCAUCGACUCUGUGUGAAAGCUAUCCAGCCGGUCCGAUAUGACCUUCUCAAGAAGAUUGAUAUGCAUGACAAAGGAAUAUCUACAGCAGCAGUGUGUGUAUAUCCAUCUCGUGUGGUUGAUGCUGUCAGAUCACUAAAAGCAGCCAACUCCAGCCUCCCUGUUGCGUCAGUUGCAACUGGCUUUCCAGCUGGGCAGACACCCCUGGAGACCCGCUUGCAGGAGGUCCAUAUGGCAGUGAGAGACGGUGCUACAGAGAUUGAUAUUGUCAUCAAUAGGACGCUUGCUCUUACAGGACAGUGGGAAGCCAUGUACAGUGAGAUUCGCCAGUUUCGAGAGGCCUGUGGUGACACCCACAUGAAGACAAUUCUGGCUACUGGAGACCUGGGAAACUUCACCAACAUCUACAAAGCCAGCAUGGUUGCCAUGAUGGCUGGUUCAGACUUCAUCAAGACUUCUACAGGAAAGGAGGCAGUCAAUGCUACUUAUCCUGUUGCCAUAGUGAUGGUGAGAGCUAUCCGUGACUACUUUUUGCGCACCGGUCACAAGGUGGGCUUUAAGCCAGCAGGAGGAAUUCGGACAGCACAGGAAUCCCUAGUGUGGCUAACUCUGAUCAAAGAAGAACUUGGAAAUGAUUGGCUCUGCCCUCGUCUGUUCCGCUUGGGAGCUAGCAGCCUAUUGGCUGACAUCGAGAGGCAGAUCUACCACUAUGUGACUGGGCAGUAUGCAGCGUACAAUGAGCUGCCCAUGGCCUGAAGACAGAACUGUUGUUUAAGGCAUCAGACAAUUUAAAAUGCCAUUCAACUCAGUCAUUGAAGGAAAGGUACAAACAAAUUUGUUAACAAUGACAGUAGUAUCAGGCAUGUUGAAUUGAUUUUAAAUGUCUGUUAGGAUUAAAGUGUUUUUCAGAUAAGUAGUGAUGAGAGUUACUAAUGUAAUAAAUCAUUCAUUUAAA